GGCUUUGGGGAAAACUACGAAUCCCAAGAGACAUUGCGGCUGCAUACGAUUGGUCUUCUGCGUUGAGGACUGACGGGGGAUUGCAGUUUCUGCAGCUGCUUUAGCUUAGCACUCUUCUAGGGACUCGGGUGCAUACUCGAGCAUCCUGGGGGAGGAGGCUGCGGGUCUAGACUCCUGGAGCUGAGAGACGAGGAGGACCAUGGCAGCUGUGGGCUUUGAAGAGUUCUCAGCGCCGCCAGGCUCAGAAUUGGCGCUGCCUCCGCUGUUCGGGGGUCACAUCCUGGAGAGUGAGCUUGAGACCGAAGUGGAGUUUGUGUCCGGGGGUCUGGGCGGCUCCGGGCUCCGGGAGCGAGAUGAAGAGGAAGAGGCAGCCCGGGGCCGGCGGCGGCGUCAACGGGAACUAAAUCGCAGGAAGUACCAGGCUCUAGGUCGGCGCUGCCGGGAGAUCGAGCAGGUGAACGAGCGGGUGCUGAACAGGCUGCACCAGGUGCAGAGGAUCACGCGGAGACUGCAGCAGGAGCGCAGGUUCCUCAUGAGAGUGCUGGACUCCUAUGGUGAUGACUACCGCGCCAGCCAGCUCACCAUCGUGCUGGAGGACGAGGGCAGCCAGGGCACAGACGCCCCCACCCCAGGCAACACCGAGAACGAGCCCCCAGAGAAAGAGGGGCUGUCCCCGCCUAGAAGGACGCCUGCACCCCCAGAACCCGGCAGCCCAGCCCCUGGCGAGGGGUCCAGCGGGCGGAAGAGGCGGCGAGUGCCCCGGGAUGGCCGCCGAGUGGGAGCUGCGCUGACUCCAGAACUGGCCCCAGUGCAGAUUAAGGUCGAGGAAGACUUUGGCUUUGAAGCAGACGAGGCCCUCGACUCGAGUUGGGUUUCUCGGGGGCCUGACAAGCUGCUGCCCUACCCUACCCUCGCCAGCCCCCCGUUUGACUGACCCCCCAAAACCAAUAAACCAACCCCCACACUCGC